AUGAGCGAUGGAGGGGCCGAGCCCGGCGGGAGCCCCGUGCUGCUGGCCGAGCCCGCGGCCACCGGGCGGGCCCGGGAGAAGCUGCCGACCCGGGCGGAGCUGGAGAGCGCCCUGCGCACCGGCGGCGGCGGCGGCGGCAGCGGCGGAACCGGCGGCGGCUUCAAGGACAUCCCGGGAACGUCGGCGGUCAGCCCCGGCUCCUCCAAGCAGUGCGCCCCGGACACCGAGAGCCCGUCGGGGACCGGCGAGGCGGAUUACUGCCGCCGCAUCCUGGUGCGAGAUGCCAAAGGGACGAUCCGGGAGAUCGUGCUGCCCAAGGGGCUGGACCUGGACCGGCCCAAGCGGACGCGGACGUCCUUCACGGCGGAGCAGCUCUACCGCCUGGAGCUGGAAUUCCAGCGCUGCCAGUACGUGGUGGGCCGGGAAAGGACGGAGUUAGCGCGGCAGCUCAACCUCUCCGAGACGCAGGUCAAGGUGUGGUUCCAGAACCGCCGCACGAAGCAGAAGAAGGACCAGAGCAGGGACUCUGAGAAACGCUCCUCCAGCACCUCCGAGUCCUUCGCCACCUGCAACAUCCUGCGGCUGCUGGAGCAGGGCCGCCUCCUGUCCGUGCCGGCCCCCCCGAGCCUCCUGUCCCCAACCUCCAACCCCGUCCCCAGCCCCGCGGGGAGCGCUGCUGGCCCCGGCUUGGCCACUGCUGGUCCCGGCUUGGCCACUGCUGGCCCCGCAUCGCCGGGGUUGGGGGGUGGCAGCAGCCCCUCAAAACCGGCGCCUUUCAGCCUGCACGUCCCGUCUCUCGCCGCUUCUUCCUCUUCAUCCUCAUCGUCGUCGCCGUCGCCGCGGCUGCCGGGGAGGCCGCUGUGUUUUGGGGGGCCGCUGCUGGGCAGCCUGCACGAUGUGCCCGGUGCUUACGGGCCGGGAGCGUCCGCGUUCGAGCCUUACACGCGGCUGGAGAGGAAGGACAAUUCUAUACCCAGCAAGAAGCCGAGCCCUUAA